UUGGAGAGUCCCCGGGAAGCAGGUAGUGUGACCCGCUCUGCCCGGCUCUAACAGUCUCCCAGCUCCCGGCUAAUCCGUUAUGGAUGACGAAUUGAAAUCUGUAAUUUCUACGGGAAUCCGCUCUCCGCCUCUCCUUAUUCGCUGCUGAGUUUUUAACAUCGAAUAAACUGCCCCCCCCCCCGAACUGUUUGGUCAAAUAGUGUGUCAAUAAGUUAUCAAUUUAUAAUGUGAAAUAUAGUCAGACGGACAUGGUGGUUUUGUAAAGUUUACAGUGAUUUCCGUUGAAAGGAUUCUCGUUAAAGGAUGUCUUUUAUAUGUGGUAUGAUGGGGCGAGGAGGCGGGGAGCCGGUGGACGUGUGACAGGAUGCAUGCUGCCAUCGAACGGAAUUCAUGGCGACUUCCGCCGGAAGAUAUCGUCCAAGUGGCCGACCCCCGGACGAAGAAGGCUCAGCCUGGGGAGAUGGAAGAGGAGCUGGUCAUCUCGGAGCAGGACGAAGGCAGGAACUGGAUGUCGGUGAUCCUGAGCCUUCUCGUCAUCGGGGGAGUCGUGUCCGGGAUCGUCACCGCAAUUUACACCCUGGGCUACGUCGACGAACUCCUAUACUGGUCAGGUAGGAGGAUGGUCCUCCAGGAAGCUCUGAGGCCAGAUCUCAAGCCCUGGAGAGUCAAGCCCAGUUGGGCAUCUUCCCAAAACUUCAUGUUCCACGCUGACGACGGCGGGCUGAGCGUCUAUUCUACCACCACCGACAACAUCACUCGCCUCGUGUCCAAUCACACCAUUACGCAGCUGAAUGCGAAGUGGUUUCAAGCGACUCAGGAUCUUAUGUACGUCCUCCUGAGGCAUAACGUCAAGAAGGUCUUCAAAAACACUUUUCUUGCCUAUUACACGAUCUACGACGUUAAGAACGACCACUUGAUCCCCGUAAGACUGAAAGGAGUGCCCAAAGUUCAGCAGAGCAAGCUGCGCGCGGCCCUCUGGUGCGGCAACACGUCCCGCCUCAUCCUCGUGGGUGAAGACAACAAUAUUUACUUCAUGUCUUCGCCGAUCGAUCAAUCCGCCGACUACCAGAUCACCGACACCGGUGAGGACGGCAUAUUCUACAACGGUUUGCCUGAUUGGCUGUACCAAGAGGAGAUCUUCGAAGGCGAGACGGCCUCGCUUUGGUGUUCCGAAGACGGCUCGGUUUUGCUCUACGCCUCCUACAACGACAGCGCAGUCCGAACUUUCAAGUACCCGUCCUUGGACAGCGCUAAGUCCGGAGGGGACUUUCCGUCGACCGGUUCACUUCCAUAUCCUACGCCAGGAACGGCGAAUCCCGCUGUGGAGCUCUGGUUGGUCGACCUAAACUCUACGGAUAAGCCCCAGGUGCUUAUCGAACCGCCGCAAGUCUUUCAACAUAAAGAAUAUUAUCUUACGUCUGCUGGCUGGGUUAACCACAGGAACGAAGAAAUCGUUACUGUCUGGUUAAACAGGCCUCAGAAUCUUAGCUUAGUAAGUAUCUGCAAGUCUCCCGACUGGAAAUGCGCUGAGACCCACGCUGAGCGGGCGCCGGAGAACGGCUGGGUGAGCAUCAAAGGGCAUCCGGUGUUUUCCGAAGAUGGGGGCAGCUUCCUGCUGAUGUCGAGGAUCCAAGAAGGCGAGACGGGAAAGUUCACCCACAUCAAAGAGGUGACCCUCUCGGAGGAGCAGAGGAUAAGCGUCAUUUCCCACGGCAAGUAUCAGGUCACAAGCAUACUUGCCUGGGACUAUGUGAACAACGUUGUAUAUUAUUUGGGGACUGAUGGCGAAAAGGCCGGUCAGAGGCAUCUGUACGUUGUGAAAAACCCCAAAAACGGUCGUGCACCUCUGAGCAAAGCGACUCCGAUGUGCGUGACCUGUGAUCACUCGACUCACCGCUACGACAACUGUAGCUAUUUUAACGCUUAUCUGCCACCCCCUCCGUACACGAAAGGCAUAUCGCGGUACAUCGUCGAAUGCCUGGGUCCCGGCCUCCCCCUCGCAGGGGUGCACACGUGGUUCAACCACACCAUCCUCAUCGAGAAGCUCUACACGACGAGGCCCAAGUACGGCCCCAAGCUGUCGACUUUGGCGCUGCCGUUGCAGAGGACUUUCCACGUGCCGCUCCCGCACGGACAGGGCAAAGCCACCGCUCAGCUACUCCUUCCCCCUAGCUGGAGAGAAGAGCUGAGAGAUGCCGCAUUCCCGGUUUUGGUCGAAGUAAACGGCAAACCGGGCGCGCCUCUGGUGAGUGAAAUGUUCUCGAUCGACUGGGGAACUUACAUGUCGAGCCAGUUCGACGUUGUUUAUAUUAAAAUGGACGUUAUUGACGAAGGGAGUAACUUCGUAAAUAUGAGGUUCGCCGGUGUGCAAAUCCAAGACUACAUCACAGUCAUAAGGUAUUUAAUCGAUACGCUCAAGUUUCUUGAUAGAGAGAGAGUAGCCGUUUGGGGGCGAGGAUACGGUGGAUACGUGACGUCCAUGAUUCUCAGUUCACAGCACCACAUCGUCAAGUGUGGUAUCGCCAUAUCGCCGAUAACCGACUGGCUUUAUUACAAUUCAGCGUUCACAGAAAGACUGCUCGGCCAGCCUUCUGAAACGUUCAAGGAGUACGUGGAAAACGACGCGAUUCAAAGGAGUAGGCACAUCGAGGCCGGAUCGCUUUUCCUCAUCCACGGCCUCGCAGACAUAAGCGUUCCGUACGUCCACUCGCUAAGCCUCGCCAAAGCUCUGACUCAGCAAGGCAUCCUCUUCAGAUAUCAGAGUUACGGCGACGAAGGACACGAGCUGAGUGGAGUUCUGGAACACUCUUACAUGUCCAUGGAAAACUUCCUGUCGACUUGUCUGAGUCUGGACAAAAACGAACAAGUCGGCCUUUGAAAUUCUCAGCCGACUUCCGCCUUAUCAACGAGCCUUCACUAGCAAUAUAGUACAACUAUACCGGGCUGUGUUUACCCAAAGUGAGGCAGAAAGUGCUCCUUGUUUUAAUUGUCCUCCCCUCUGAAUAAUAAGAAUACGGCACAUCGAUCGGCUCCCGAGUUUAUCUGUUUAUCAAAGAAAAGCAAGCGGCAAACUCCUGAUUCGGCAAGUCGCAAAAUCGAUCGUCUCCGGUCCGCCUGUUCUAUGUGUCUUUCAUAUUAAAAAAAGCCCAUCUUCUGAAGACCGGAUCGGGCUUAAUCAAGUCUCCAGAACGGCAGAUAGAACAGUCCGACCUGAGACGAAAAUUUUGAACUGCUCCGAAUUUAUUUAUCACGCAGUAACUGCGUCCAAAUCGAAUUCCAGUCGUUUCAAUAAUUAUUAGUUUUGCAAUAAAUCGACAUAAUAAUUAGAUUAAGGAUUUUUCAUGAAAAAAUAGAUAAAGCUAUCAAAAAUAAUUACGCCGUUAUCGCACAAUAUUUUAGAUUAGUAUUCAAGCCGUCCCCUUAUAUGCAUUAGUUAUUGGCCUAGAGAUCGGAUUCAAUUAAAUAUAUUGAUUAUUAUUAUAUUCAAAAUGUUUAUUGAGGGUCUUUAAACGACGUAUUUUUAAGAAUAUUUAA